UUUUUUUUUUUUUUUUUGCACUUCUUCUCAUCCUUUUUUUUUUUUUUUCCUGAUCGCGUUGUUAUGCCAACAGUUAUUGUUAAAUUAGGAGGAGCCGCUAUUACAAAUAAAAAGAAUGUGAAUCAGUUAUCAUGCGAUCUGGAUCGUCUAGUGGAUCAAGUAUUUCAGUCCUAUCAGCAUUUACAACAGCUACCUGACCGUCAUGAUCUUAUUCUUAUUCAUGGUGCUGGUAGUUUUGGACAUCCUCCAGCGAAAAAAUAUCACAUCAAGCGUGGUUGGUUACAUGAUACUAUAGAACAACAAAAGUUUGGAUUUGCUCUCACAAGACAACAUGUCGAUACACUUCAUCACCAUUUACUUGAACGUCUACUUGCCUUGGGUCUUCCUGUUUGUACCGUGCCGGCGUUUGACCAUGUGGAAACAAAUCAAGGUCUCCCCAGUCAGGAAUCAAGUCAUCGGUUAUGUGUUCGUGUCCACCAACUUGUGUCUCUUGGUUUUAUUCCUCUUCUCUUUGGUGAUGCUGUCUUGGACACAUCCUUGGGCUGCACCAUCCUUUCCGGUGAUGUGCUCAUGUAUGAAUUGGCCUCUCAUUUGUCUAAUGUGGCUCGAUGUAUCUUUGUCACUGAUGUCCAAGGCAUCUAUUCAGAUGAUCCCAAAACAAAUCCUAAAGCAACUUUGAUCAAACAUAUCAAUAAUACACUGGAUAAUCAACUUUUUUUGGCUAAUACAAACAAAUCGAUCGACGUAACGGGUGGCAUGAAUGGAAAAGUGAUCUGGAUCAGACGGAUAUUACAAGAUACAUCGGUACCUGAAGUGAUCAUUUGUCAAGCUGGCUCAAAAGAAGUUCCUUACGCAAUCACUCUUCAACCUCUACUAACUGGUGAUGACUCCCCUUUGGAUCAAGUCUCCUUGACAUUAUUUACAAACAACUAAGAAUUUCCUGUCAAGUAUAGAUUAGAUUUAUUAUUAGUUAGUUCGAUUCGUUUUAUUAUUUCACUCUUUAUCUAGUUAUUCAUUCACUCUUAUAAUCUACCAUAUGUUGCAUACACGAUAUAAUAAAUCUUACCUUUUUUUUUCUUU